AUGUUCUACUUCCUAGCUCUCUCGUUCGUGAUUUCAAGUGUCUUCACUACAGAAAGUGUUAGCGAGGAGUACAAGCCAUGUCUAGACAAAGCAGGAUCCAGUUUCUGCAUAAAACCUCACGAGAAAGGGAUGUAUCGUGACGAGACAAUGAAAGAACUCAUGGAAGAGAUAGUGAAAACGGAAGUCACAUGCGUUGAAACUAGUAUUAUGUACUGUUCCACAGGAUGUGCGGCCACCGAAAGCACGCAUCACCAGCGAUGA